CAGUCCUCAGUCUAGAUUCUAGAUCGAAUCAUCGGACGAUCGGUACACGUCAAAAGCACGCCGAUCAGUGUCACACUACUAAGACUAAGAGUAGUCAGUGAAGAGUCAAAUCUAAACGGCUUGAGAUGAUAAAGUCAGUCAUUAUCUCUACCAGGUAAACUUUAUACCAUUUCGUAGGCUAAUGAGAGUCAAGUAAAGAAGUUGCCUUGACCUCAUUGAUAAAGAUAACAAUGUCUACAAAGACAGUAAAAGUUGUUCAACUUAGUUCAUUCUAGGCUUGUGUUUCUGUAAAGGUUAAAAACUAGGGCCCUUUGAAAAAAGAAAAAAACAGUAUGAGUUCGCCUAAGGUAGAGGUUGCUAUAAAAAACUGCUGCCCAACAAUUGGCGAAGGGCCUCAUUGGGACGAGGUCACACAAUCUCUACUCUAUGUGGACAUAGUCACAGGAGGCAUACACAAAUGGGACUCAAAUACAGGGGUUGAGGAAAAGAUAAAUCUUGAUGGCUCUGUUGGAUUCGCAGUUCCUUGUGACCGAGGUGGUUAUGUUGUUGGCCUGAAUCAAACUAUUUCUCAUGUUGAUUGGACCACUAAAGCUGUCACAACUUUGGCAGAAGUUGAACAAGGAACUAAAAAUAGAUUCAAUGAUGCUAAAUGUGAUGCCUUGGGUCGUUUAUGGGCAGGUACAAUGGGAUUUGAAUCAAUACCAGGAAUAGUCAGCGGUGGAGAGGGAAAUCUGUAUAGCCUUUCAGCCGACCAUAAGAUCACCAAGCAUGUUGGAUCCAUUGAUAUUAGCAAUGGCAUGGACUGGACUGAUGAUAAUUCUGUGAUGUAUUACAUUGAUUCUGUUCCAAGAAAAGUUUUUGCGUUUGAUUUCAAUUUACAAGAGGGAACUGUCAGUAAUCAAAGAACUGUUGUCGAGUUUCCAAUUGGCACUGAGUCAACAUAUGGACUACCAGAUGGUAUGUGUAUAGAUGCAGAAGGCAAAAUUUGGGUAGCAUGCUUCAGUGCAAGCCGUGUUUAUAGAUUUGAUCCAGAAACUGGUAAAACUCUGCAGUCCAUAGAAUUUCCUGCUACCAAUAUAACUUCCGUCUGUUUUGGUGGAAAAAAUUUGGAUGAACUCUAUGUGACAAGUAGCAGUUGGAAGCUUCCAGAAGACAGUAAAGAUAAGCAGCCACUAGCAGGCUCUGUUUUUAGAGUGACAAAUUUGACAGUAAAAGGGAGGGCACCCAAUAAUUUCAAAGGGUAAAUGUUUACUAGGAAAACUUUUAGCCAUUAAUUACCUUCGUACUAGGAAAACUUUUAGCCAUUAAUUACCUUCCAUGCUUUUCAGACUGUAUCAUUUCUAAACUAUGACCACCUGGUCAACAAGGUAAAAAUAACUAUAUAUAGAAAAAUGUUUUGAAUAUUCGUUUACCUUCUUUUAAAAAUUUUAGAAAAAAGGAAAUUCCAAUUUGAUAAGGGAAGGACAACUGAUUAGUUUUGAUUUUCUACCUUAACUAUGUAACAGCUUUCAAAAGUUAUCAUUUUAUAAUGUUGGCCAAGAGAAGUCCCAUUUAGUUUUCUUUGAAACAAGUCUUAUGAUAGAAACUAGCUAAAAGAAACUUUGGCGACCAAUUCUUAAAAUAUUGUUUAUUUAAUAGGAUACAUUUUUCUUACAAAAAUAGUUUUAAAAAAAAAUCUCAGGGACAAUAGCAUUGAGUAUUACACAUUAAUAUCAGAAUGCUAGAAUGAAUAUAUUUUUCCUAUUUGUUUGUUGUUGUUUUUUUAAUGGCCUGUUCAUUGCUGUGUCACAGUAUAGGUUAUAGUAAUAUUCAUAAGUUUUUCAGUUUUGUUAACAUAUUGUUUCAAUAUUGGUACAAUGUGGAAUUUGCAUAAAAAUUUUUAUUUAUUAUAUAAUUUCUUUGUUUUAUCAAAGAGCUCCAGUCUUUUCUCUUUGUUUCAAACAGUGAUUGAAUGCAUGUUAUAUGUUAUUUCUAUGUAAAACUAAUAAUUGCCAUGUGGAGAUUCAGAAUUUUACACUUGUGACCUAUAUAUUUAUUAUUGAUGAUAAAGAUUAUUAUUAUAACAUUAACUGAAAAACCUUUUGUGCAUAAUAUUGUUUAUUUAACAAAGUAUAUGUGUAUAUAGAGAAAUAAUUAGAUAAAUAAAAUGUUUUUGUAAGCAAUCUACCUUAAAAUUAUGUUAGCAAAGUGUAUAAGUGAAAUUCAUACACAAUAUCACUAUAGUCAGGGUUUGGUUCGGGUUUAAUAUGUGUGCAUGUGUUGUUCAUAAGAAUGGCUGGCUAGGUUCUUUUAUUUCUAUUGCAUAAUUAUUGACACAGUGGGGCCUAGAAUAUGUAUUUAAGAUAUUGGUAGAUAAUAAUCUAAAUAAUUUUUAAAAAAUAAAAAUGAACAUUUUGACAACUAGAAGUUCUUUUUAAUAAAGCUAUUUUCUUAAU